CACCCAGCUCUUAAUUUUGUGUAUCUUUUGUUUUUGUUUUUUAUUACCAACUGAGUUGAGGUAGUGCUGUCCAAAUGUGUGUGAUCAUCCAUAGGGCGUGGGCAACAUACUUACUGGUGGGCACAUUCCUGAAGAAAAAUGAGUGUCCAUCCUCCCAAAGCCUUCGGUUGCCAAUACCUUCUUACCGAGGGAUGGCCUUCUUCAAGGCCAAUCCCAUUCUGCCCAUGUUUUGACUGACAUGAUUCAAAGUGUUUGGGAAAUUUUAGAAUUUGAUACCUGCAUUGUAGAGUAUUUUUGAUGACAUCGAGUUCGUUUCAGUAAGAGUACUUUUUUUACCCUGUGUCUUUGUCCAUUGUUUUUCUUUGAAACUACAAUGUUCAUAUUUAAUAUAGACAAUUGUUAUUGUGUAACAGAUAUAGGAUUAACUCAACAAAAAAUCAGUUGUUUCCAACUGAUACCAUUCUAAUUGACACAGGAAGGAAAAGAAAGCAAAAGCAGAAAGAAAAGCAAUCACUUCAUGUAAGUUUCAAGUGACUGGAGAUGUAUGGCAGAAAUUUACAUUUUGUAAGCCUUUUUAACUAUACAUGACAUUCCCUAUUGUUGACUAAUUUAAAAAAUAUCCAGGCCCAAUUACUUAAAAGGCAAAAUUGUAACAAUAGGCAAAGAAAUAAAUAUUAUUGUAGAACAUUCCUUUUGACAAGUUUGGCUUAUUGCACAUGCACUUCAAACACUUCACUGCAAAUCAGCCUAUGUCCCAUAUGGUACUUGAAGACAAAAAAGAGUUCCUACGGAAUUACUAAAAGAACUAACUUGUUGCUAUUUUUAAAGCAGAUAUUGAUACAGCCCACUAAAGAUGAUUGUUCCAAUAUGGAUAACCACAUGUUGCUAGGUUCAUUGUUCAAAGAAGACUGUGUGCAGGGCCAGCGCCAAGCAGCGUUCCAGAUUGCUCUGUUAUCCCCAUGUUACCUGCUUCACUGUUGUUCCAGGACACGGAGCCAGUGACCUUUGAGGAUGUGGCUGUGAAGUUCACCUCAGGAGAGUGGGCUUUGUUGGAUUCUAGUCAAAAGAAGCUCUACAGAGAUGUGAUGAAGGAAACAUUUUUGAACUUGAUCUCCAUAGAGAAAGCACUAGAAGAAAACAUUGAAGAGGACUAUAAAAAUUUCAGCAGAAAUCUGGGAACCCAGAUGGUUGAGAAAGACUGUGGUUAUGAAUUUGAUAGUCAGCACAAUGAAAACCAGGACCCUAUUCGAGAGAACAUGGUCAAUAAAGAUAUACCUCUUGCAAUAAGCGUUCAUGAAAGCCCAUUGUAUGUAAGAAAUGUCAUUGGUCAUUUAUUCUCAGAUGGGUAUCUCCGUGACCAAACUAGAGGGAAAUGGUCUGAAUAUAUGGAAGCUGUGGCAAAAGCUUUGACACAUCAGAAACACUGGAAAUAUAUCACUCAUUCUGAAUCACUUCAGGCACUUGAAAGUUCUCCAAAAGAGAAACUCUGUAAAAAUCAGCAAUGUAAUGAAGCCUGUAGGAAUCUCCCUUUUGGUCAGCCUCAGGAGAGAACUCACCCUGGAGAUAAACUCAAUGAAAACAUCUUAAGAUGUUACACAUAUGAUCAGAAUUAUGAAGGAAUCCAUAAAGAAAUGAAAACAUUUGUAUGUAAGCUCUGUAAAGAAUCCUUCAUUGAUUACAGUGACCUUAUCAACCAUGAAAAAAGUUGUAUUGGAGAGAAAAGGUACAUUUGUAAGCAGUGUGGGAAAACAUUUAAAGAUGCAAAAUGCUUUGAGAAACAUAGAGUAACUCACAAAGGAAAGAAGCCGUACACUUGUAAGUAUUGUGGGAAAGUCUUCACCAGUUCUGCUUAUUGUAACAUUCAUGAAAGGAUUCACACUGGAGAGAAGCCUUAUGCAUGUAUGCAUUGUGGAACAGCAUUUAGUCGCUCCAGUCAUCUGAACCUUCAUGAAAGGAGUCACACUGGAGUGAAGCCUUAUGCAUGUAAGCAUUGUGGAAAAACCUUCAGCAGCUCCGGUAGCCGUAACAGACAUGAAAGGAGUCACACUGGAGAGAAGCCUUAUGCAUGUAAGCAUUGUGGAAAAGCCUUUUCAUGCUCCUCUCAUCUGCACAUUCAUGAAAGGAGUCACACUGGAGAGAAGCCUUAUGCAUGUAAGCAUUGUUCGAAAGCCUUUACCCAGUCCGGUCAUCUGAAUCUCCAUGAAAGGACUCAUACUGGAGAGAAGCCUUAUGCAUGUAAGCAUUGUGGAAAAGGCUUUUCCUCCUCCAGUCAUCUGAACAUUCAUGAAAAGACUCACACUGGAGAAAAGCUGUAUACAUGUAAGCAUUGUGGAAAAGCCUUUAUCCAAUCUAGGCAUAUGAUUCUUCAUGAAAGGAGUCACACUGGAGAGAAGCCUUAUGCAUGUAAGCAUUGUGCAAAAACCUUCACCCAAUCCAGUCAUCUGAAUCUUCAUGAAAGGAUUCAUACUGGAGAGAAGCCUUAUGCAUGUAAGCAUUGUGGAAAAGCUUUUAUCCAAUCCAGGCAUAUGAUUCUUCAUGAAAGGAGUCACACUGGAGAGAAGCCUUAUGCAUGUAAGCAUUGUGGAAAAGCCUUCAGUGACUCCAGUAGUCGUAACAGACAUGAAAGGAGUCACACUAGUCAGUAGCCUCAAGUUUGUAAGCACUGUGGAAAAGUCUUCACUAGUUCCAGUUGGCACAAGAGUUAUAAAAACAUUCACACUGGAGAGAAACCCUUCAUUUGUGAACAUUUAGGAAACUGUUUCUUUGCUCUUUUUUGAUACUUUAUCAAGCAUCAAAAAAAUCUCACAUUAGAAAGGAACUUUAAUCAAUUUUAGCAUUGUGAGAACAUUUUCACCACUUCCAGUUUCUGUAACCUUCAUGCAAGCAUUUACACUGGGAAGAAGUCAGCAUUGUGUAAAGUAAUCACCAGGUCCUGUUGCCAUGUUCUAGAGAAAAUGUUCUCUAGAAUUCACCCUGAAGACAAGCAUUACAUAUGUAACCAUGUGGAAAAGACUUUAACAUUUAUAGUCCUAUUAUACUAAAAAAAAAUGUUCCCACUGAUGAAAGCUUUUAUGUUUGUAAUAAACAUGGGAAAUAAUUUAUAAUUUUUAUAAACCUUGUCCUUUUAAGGAGUAUGUUUCUGUAUUUCUGUGUUUUAUAUCUCUACAUAAACCCAUAAUGAUCUCA